CGGUUAUAAACCACAAACCAUAUGAAAAGUUCAGUUUUUACAUACUCUGACAGUGGUUGUGUGAUGGACGGGUUAAGCUUCAUGUUGAAAGGCACAGUCUCUCAGUGUCUACUUGGACUAGGUGCGUUCAAUUGUCAUUCUACAUCUAGAUGAAGCGCAUUUUUUAGUUCUUGUCGUCAGGAUGCUCUCAAACCACUGCCAAUGUAAAGUUGAUAAAAAGGCAACCUUAUAACGUGUUGACGUUAAACAGACACCUUAAAAUAUGACUGCCAUCUUGCAGAGGCCGUUACUUCAGCGUUCACAAUGCAUAAGCAUUCUCAUAUUCCAUCAUUAAACAAAAAUGUACAGUAAAUAUAAUUCGAAGAUUGUUGGAUUUGGAAAACGUACACGCUUGGACAGUUUAUACGUUUGAACAUGUCAUCACCCUGCUACAGUUUACCCGGCAUUCCUUUUUCGAAACCACUUUUAUACACCCCGAUGUUGAUAAUUGCUUAGUUUCUCUCAGAUCCCUUUCCUGAGGGCACCACUGUUAUGCUUUAAAAGACACUUUUAUGUGGUGCUUGGCCGGGGGACUGUUUUCUGUAUAAAUGAAAUACAAUAAAGACAGAAAGGGUGUUUCUUAAGAGCUCAACAUUUUCAAAGUUUCCCUCUCUGCUUUUCACUGGCAGCCCUCUCUUGGAAAGCUUUAACUGAAGAUUAAGCGUUAAAAUCCGUGUGGUUUUGGGCACCGUUGCCAUAAUUCAGCUAUAUCCCAGAAACAUAAGCGCGGGGCGAAAUCACCAGCUCCCGCGACGGAGAUCCAGGGUGCCCUAAACCACACCGAGCUGGAAUCCUGGAAGACCAGACAGUGGUCAAAACCAACACCUACAUCCACACCCGCACACAAGCUCGGGUUCAUUACGCGUGUGGAGGCCGUGAAUCUGAGCUGAGUGGAACCGAGCCCAGAUCAGUCCAAGAGAUAUUUGGACAAAGAGUGAAAAAAGAUUGAUUGGAAACUCUUGAAGAGGCCGCCGUAUUUUACAGAAGCAGCCCCCCGAAACGAACAUUUGCUGAAUAUUUGCUCCUCAGGCCAUCCGAGAUGUAGAUGUGUUUGUUCCUUCGUCAGAUUCCAUCGCUUUGCUCACCAAUGGAGGCGAAUGGGUGCCGUCAGAACAAAAAAAAAACAUCACAAAUAAUCCACAUCACGUCCAACAAUUAAUGUUUUGGGAAGUGAAAAGAUGCGUGUUUGUAAGAAACAAAUCCAUCAUUAGGACAAGGAAAUCGUUGCUCAGCUAAAACUUGAAAAUUCUAUCCAUAAUAUUACAUUUCCCAGUCAAAAAGUGUCUUGUUUGAUUCAUGUGCACAGAUCAAGCAGUUCUUGCUUUUCUGCUUUUCUUAAGCACAUGAAAUCUCAAAAUCAGUACGUACAUUCUCACUGAUAUUAUCAGCGGCCUUGCAUGUGCAUUUCAUCUGUGUUUGCUUUUCAGCGCACUUCUCCGUGUGUGUGUUAUACCACAAGAACAGAUUUGUACCGGACUAAAUACAGUCCAUUUGACCUUAUGCGUCUGUCCUGUUACAGUAGACCCCGCUGGUCUAAUAGGGCUUAUGCUGCCAUCUUUAGGACGCUCUACUGUACUUGCUCUGUACUGAGCUACUCUUCCACAGUAAAAUGAUUUAUUCUUACUACGUGCUUUUUUGCACAAAUAGAAUGCUUUGAAAUAGAAUGCUCACACUUUAUUCCAAUCGUUGCUAUUAACAAACUAAUAACUAGUACUUUUGACUCAGUACACCACUAAGGUUAAGGUUAAUGUUAAAUUUAGGUAUUAGUUAGGGUUAGGGAUGUAGAAUAUGUGCUCUAUAAGUACUAAUAUGCCAAUAUGCUAAUGUACAAUGGUGAUAGUGAGAAUUGGUCCAACUUUUUCAAUUAAAAAGAAACAAGCAAACCCUGAUCAGAUUUAAAAGGUAACACAAAAGUAAUGUCGCACAGUUAUGUAAUUAGUUCCAUUUUUAAAAACUAACGGAAUAUUGUAAUAAAUUCCCCUUUAGAAGUGACUUUCUCCAACACUAAAUUAUAUUAGCAUACAUAUUGGCGCCAUCAUUCAAUUUCAAAUAAUUAACGACUAAUUAAUUUCCCUGAAAUCAAUCACGAUUAAACUAGAAAAAUAAAAAAAAUCCCAUUUUUAAGUUACACACAACCUAAAAGUGCUCAUUUUUACAAUGAUACUGUUAGAUUUUUUUUAUUAAAAGUAUCAGCCACAACUCACAAGACUUUUCAGAAAACUUUUGAUCAUGUUGAUAGUUUAGCCAAUGUAAUUUAUCAAUUUUAUUUAACAGGCUUCACUGGGUUAAAGCACGUGAUUACAUCAGCCAGUACUGCAAUACCACUUUUUUUAAAAACCAUAACACGAAAAAACGACCAUAUUCACCAUGCACCAUAGUAUUUACAUAGUAAUUAUAACAUACCCCUCCCCCACUUUGCAUUGUAGUCUUUUAUUAUGAAAUAUUAAAAUCAAAACCGCUACCUUUACCUUUUGCUGUUUAACUGAACUCAUAAUGAGCUUUUCUCGUUCUUUUUUCACAUUCUUCACAAUAAACCGUAGUUUAUUCUGAAGAAACACGCUAUAAAUUGAAGUGUGCUGCAGCGCGGCGGCGGCCUCUUUGUUUUGGGCCAGCGUCUGUCACUCUUCCGCGUCGACCAAUAGGAGAACGCCUUACUUAACCCGUGCGACCAAUGAGCGUUGAGCUUCGUUCCACAGCGCCAGUUCCUAGGCGGGCGCGCACCGAGCCGUCGAGCUAAUUCUACUUUUAGCCGCCUUUCGCAAAACGGUUUGUUUACGCAUCCCAGCGCCGCCGCAUUUAUUUACCCGCAAGAUUCGAUGCACACAUGUUUUUUUGGAUGUAGCGCACAGCUGCGUUUGUCGUGAAACCCUACGAGGACGUUCAAACGGAAGGCGCGAGCCGGUUUGACGGGUGUCAACAACGCGAGGCGAGAGUCGCGCGCGCGCUUUCAUUUUCGCUUAACCCCGUUCGGAUACUUGCAAAAACACGAGGCCUCGCUUCUCAAAGCGAAAAAGGAACUGCUACUUGCGUCUUCGCAGUUAAAGAGCCGUGUUUUAUACCGCUCCGUGUAAGGAUCAAGCAUGGCGCAAUUUCACGAGGAUCCGGCGCUGCUCACUAAAGAGAAACUGAAGAGCGAGCUGCUGGCCAAUAACGUGCCUCUGCCCACCGCGGACAGCAAGAAAGACGUGUACGUCCAGCUGUAUCUGAAGAACCUGACGGUGCUCAACAAGAAGAACAUCUCCGCUCCAGCUCCAGACGCCUUCUCCAGCGACGAGGAGACGACAGCGCCGCUGCUGUCCAACCGGAGCCGCUCGGGGAAGAAAGCCACAAGAAAGACAGACAGAGUUCGGCCGGAGGAGAACGACAUCUCCGGCUUGACUGACGAAGAGUUGAAGGUUCAGCUCAUGAAGUAUGGAGUCCAUUCAGGGCCAAUUGUUGCCACCACACGCAAGUUGUACGAGAAGAAGCUCCAGCAGCUCCUGGAUCAGCCGCCGGUGGAGAGCAGCCUGCCUGAACCGGAGACCGCCAUCCCAGAGGCCGUCACCAUCAAAGCAGACGGGAACCAGAACGGCAACACUCAUUCGGCCGAAGAUCAGUACAGCGACAAAGAAGAAGAGGUUGAUCCUGUACCAGAGCCGGUUCCUGUUGUGACCAAGCCGGUCCGGAGCAGAGGAAAGACUCCGGUCACCACCAGAACCAGCAGCAGACAGCGCACUAAACAGCAGGUGGAGGAGACGGCAACGUCUGUGGAUGGAGGAGAUAUUUUAAAGGAAAUCUUCCCCAAUGAACCUGCUACACCAACCGGAAUAAUGGCCACGUGUCGGAGGCCGAUCCACGGCGCCGCUGGCCGUCCGGUGAAGCCGCUGAACCUCUGGUCCGAGGAGUCUCUCCAGCAGCAGAACACUUACACGGCGACCAAGUCCUCCGUCACGGACGUUCGCAGCGCGGCCCCGGCCGCCCGUCCCAGACCCCGCCGCUGGUUGGCCUUCUGGUUGAAGCUUCUGGUCUUCGUCGCGCUCGCUGCGUCUCUGUAUUACGCCUUCCAGAACGUCACCGCCGAUCAGAUCGCCGCCUGCCGGCUCUACGUCCAGGACAAUGUCGUCACGCCCGUCGUCGACUACAUCAGCUGGGAAGGCCCUGCGGAGGGCGGCGAGGGCAAAUGAGCGCCCCGAGCCGUCAGCCAGCUUCAGCAUGCAUCUACCGUCAGACUGAUUUUUCUAGUUCUUUACGGAGCGACGCGCCGGCAGGGUUCAGGGGAGGGAGGGAGGGAUUCCGGUUAAUGCAGUUUGACCUAGCGGUCAUCUCUGAAUAGACUCGUGUUUCAAGUAGUCUUUAACUCUGUGUGCGUUGUGUGUUUUGAUCUUGCUUUGUGAUUUUCUUUUGUUUUCACGGUUUUGUAGCGUUCGGCGGAAGUAGAGGAGUGUAGUAGUAGCGAUUCGAGAGGUUUACGUGCCAAGACUCGGCCAACGCAAGCACAAGGAGGUUUGACGCGCGUCGGGGCUCGAAAGGAAAAGCCCCUAGCCGAAUGUUUGCGGACGUUGAGACGUUUUCAAUAAUCAUGACGUUUUUAUUUUAGCGCGGCUGAAUCUGAUUUUAUGAAGUGUCGGUAUUACGAGACCAGACUGAGAAAAUUUCUCAGAAAUUAUGUCAUCAAGUUUCACCACAAAAAAAUAAAUAAAUACAGACACACACACACACACACACACACACAGUAGUCAGCAUUUGAAGUGGAGCGAGACCUUCAUCAAAGUCGUCCUAAAAGCUAAAACCAAAAUGCGUUGGCACUUUUUUGACCCACUUCAAAUGUUGACUGCUGCACAUACGAUGCAUUAUACAUAAUGUGAAAAAUCUUAACAAAUGAUCAUUUAAAUAAUUCAAAAAAACACAUUACUGUAAUGCAAAAAAAAAAUAAAUAAAAAAAAAAUCAUUACCGUAAUGCAAAAAAAAAAAAAAAAAAAGUACAGUAAUGAGAACUGAGUGCUUAAUUAAAAGUAUUUAAAAUAAUUCAUAAUGUUGAUUUUUGGGGUGAAAUAUGACUUCUUUUUUUUAUUGGUGUUUGAAAUACGACUUUUGCAGAUUCUUGACGGUUUUCAUCAGAUUGACCCAGUAGCGUUUGUUUUUGAUGAUCUGUAGCAUUGAGACUUUCAGACUACCGCCUCGGAUGUUCGGUUUUAAUACUAGACGCAAUGAUCGAUAUUUAUUUUUUUAUCCAGAGCUUGAAAGAAAAGGCGUAGAAGUAAUGCUUCGCUUCCGGUGAGAGGCACUCUUCUUUAGUUUUUAGUUUUUUUAGAUUAUGGCGGCUUGUUAAAUGUGUUUGUGAUCUUUUCAUAAUGUGAUGUGGCGUUUAUAGCCGAUUUAAUGAGAACCGAGUCCACCGACACUUGCCUGUUAUUGACUGUAAUCAGACCGUCUGUUAUUGCUCAAACACCGGCAUUCAUCUGACUAAACUAUGAAUUCGUUUCUGUGCUGUGAUUUUCAAAAACGAACGUAUUUGCUAAGUAUAUCAUCAUUUCAUUCAGAGAAGGUUCGUUUGCAGGGGUUUCUUUUUAUAUUUUGCUACUCUGUUUAAUUACUUUUUAACUGCAAUAUUUUUCUAACGUCUUCUCUAAAGUUAAAAAAAAAAACAAUUUUUUUAAAAUGCAGCGAAAAUGUAGAUGUACCGAAUCCACUAACCACUAACCAACAUCUUAGUUGUGUCCUGCUGCGUCGAAGGCAGCGAGUGGUAUAAAAGUCCAGUGUGCACUUUGUAUUUAGGCAGCUAAUUGUGGAAAACUGGUCAUUGUGGAAUGAUUUAUUUAUCCUUGAUUCAGUACAAUUCUUGUGUGAAAUAAAAGAAGACCAUUGAAAUCCCA